AUGUCCAACAUAACCAGCGCAUCUGCAGCUCAAAUAGAUCAUGCGUCUAGUUGGAAUUUCCGUUUCGCAGUGUUUUGCUCUCAAUUGUCUAUAAUUUCUACUUUCAUUCUAUCAGUUAUAGCUGUAAAGUGGAUAUUUACAAAGUCCACAUUUCAGACAUCAACUAAAAUUAUCCUAGUUUUUAACUUUGUCUAUGCAAACAUACACCAAUUUAUGUAUGCAAUUAUAUCACUGGGCAUGGCUUACAAAGGAAUAUUUUUGCUUGAUGAAACAUGUGAAUGGCUGAUAACUGAGAAGGAUUGCCUUCUAUACACGGAAGUUCUAUACGUUGGAAUUAGUGGAAUGAUUUACUCACAGACUGGAAUUUUAAUUGAGAGAGCAUUUGCUACCUUAUACAGGAACUACACAGCAAAAAUAAGUCGAUUAGUUGGUAUAAUCAUCUCAACUUUUGUGCUCAUAAUGAGUAUUGCCACGUAUCAAAUUAUAAUCAGUGACGAUCCUCUUGAAGGAGUAGUACUUUCAUGUUUUGUCCCGGCUCAACAUAGUGCUCAACGAGCCAACACAUUUCUAUUUAUUGCAUUGAUUUUGACCUUUGUAAAUUUAAUUUCGUCAGCAGCCGUGAUGUUUUAUAACAAAAGAUUGGAGUAUAGCAUUCGGUAUAAGGUCCGCGAAAGAUUCAAGAAGCGUGAAGCAAUUUAUUCAACUCACACUAUUUGCGUAGUAUGCAUGGCUCAAUUUGUAACAAUGCUCGUGUACUCAUCAGGAGUUCUUAUACUUCGAUGCAACAUGAGCAAUAUAUUGCUUACUACAUUUUAUAAAUUAAUUACUUGGGUUUAUACAGUUCAAUAUAACGCUCUUCUAUUUCCUCUUAUUCUGAUUUUCCGGAUUCGUGCGACAAAAUUGUCCAGAACAAAGAAAAUUCAGGACAUCACUAGUGCUAAUCAAUCUCAAACGGAACAUUACAACCAGAUUACUUCGGCGUGGAAAAUCACUUGACCACCUUACAUCUUAAAUACAGUUUUUUGUAUUUGACUUUUUUAAUGGGGAAUCAAAGGAUCCACAAACAUGAAAUAAAAGUGACAAAUAUUCAA